GCAAGGAUCACGCCCCGCGAGUCCGCUAUCGGGCCAGAGCUGCAUGGCGACAUUUUAAAGUACCCCGCGAUGCAGUGUGAGCAAUUGUUGUCGUAUUUUGGGUCCCGGCCUGUAGAAUUCCAUCUUUAAUCCCAAGAACCAUCCCGUUCCUCGCUCAAUUCACAAUGGCUGCCGCGAAACAGGUCAACAUUGCCAUCAUUGGCGCUGGCGGGGUAGGAAAGUGCUUCCUCGGCCAGCUCGAGACGCUCGCCCAGCGCAGACCCAGCCCCAAGCUCGUCCUCACCUACAUCAGCACCAGCAAGAAGGCUAUCUACAACUCGGACUAUGCCGCUAUCGCCAUCAACGAUGUCUCCUCCAAGCUCGCCUCCUCCUCCCAGGUUCCCCUCGCCCCUCCCAAGUUGAUCGAGUACCUCAAGUCCUCCGGCUCCAAGACCGUCCUCGUCGACAACACCAGCUCCCAAGACGUCGCCGACGCCUACCCACUCUUCCUUGGCAAUGGCAUCAGCAUCGUCACUCCCAACAAAAAGGCCUUCUCUGGCUCCUACAAGCUUUGGCAGGAUAUCUUCAGCGCUGCCGAGCAGUCUGGCGCCAAGGUCUACCACGAGUCCUCCGUCGGUGCCGGUCUCCCCGUCAUCUCGACCCUCAACGACCUUGUCAACACCGGUGACGAGGUCACCAAGAUCGAGGGUGUCUUCAGCGGCACCAUGUCCUUCCUCUUCAACUCUUUCGCCCCCACCUCCGGCAAGGGCGGCCAAUGGUCCGCCGAGGUCAGGAAGGCCAAGGAGCUCGGUUACACUGAGCCCGACCCGCGUGACGAUCUCAACGGCUUGGACGUUGCCCGGAAGCUCACCAUCCUCGCCCGCCUUGCCGGUCUCGAGGUUGAGUCUCCCACGUCGUUCCCCGUCCAGAGCUUGAUCCCCAAGGAGCUCGAGUCUGUUGCCACCGGUGAUGAGUUCCUCGAGAAGCUCCCCGCCUUUGACUCUCAGAUGGAGGAGACAAAGGCGGCGGCUGAGAAGGAGGGCAAGGUGGUUCGGUUUGUGGGCAGCAUCGACGUCGCCUCAAAGCAGGUCAAGGUUGGACUCGAGAAGUUCGAUCUCUCCCACCCCAUUGCGGCGCUGAAGGGCAGCGAUAACAUCAUUAGCUUCUAUACUAAGCGGUACGGAAGCAACCCCUUGAUCAUCCAGGGCGCGGGCGCCGGUGGUGAAGUCACGGCCAUGGGCGUCACCAGCGACCUCAUCAAGGUGCUCUCUCAGGUCGCUUGAGCAAAAUUCCAGCAAAAUAUUUCAAGCCACAUGGCUGUCAAAAAACAAGGUUGUUUUGUGCUUUCUCUGGCUAUGCUGUGUCUCCUCCUCUGCUCCCUUAUCCCGCCCUAUCCAACUACUUGGGCCCUUGUUACUGUGUCUUUUCGGACGGUGC